AUGAUAUUUAAAGAUAUAAAUAUCAUUCUUAUUUUGUUUUUUAUUUUGUUACCAAGAUUGUGUAGAAAUAUUUAUAUUGAAAAGGAAGCAAAAUUAUGUGGUAGAUUGACAGGAGCCGUAUUAAGAGAUCGACUAGAACGUUGUUUACUCAGUGAUCCAUAUAUAUUUUCAAACUCACGUUUAUUAGAUGAAAAAACAACAGUGAGAAAAGAUUUGUUUGGAAGUAUAAGAACAGCAAUUUUUGAAGAUACAUCUCAACCUGGUGUUUUAAUAGUCAUUGAAAAAGGAUCAGGAAAUCCAAAGCAAGUUACCUAUCAAUUUUUUAGUGGAAUUUUUCAAGAUUUGACUAAUUUUAUGGGUUCUGGUAGAGUUUGGAAAUAUACAUAUGAUGUUCAUAAUGUACAUAUAAAAUGGUUAUUAGAUAAAUUGGAAAAUUUAAUGCGUAAUGGUACGUAUCAGCGAAUCAUUUUUUCAGGACAUUCAUUAGGUGCUGGUGUUUCAAUAUUAGAUGCUUUUACGUGUGUCAAGACAAAAAUUUGUCAUUCAGGAAAUACGAAAGUAAUGACAUUUGGUGGUCCACGAACUGGAGAUGAAAUUUUUGCUUUAAAUUAUAAUAAAUUAAUUCCUGAAACUUACCGAGUCGUCGUUGAAGGUGAUAUCAUUCCAUCUUUUCCUCCAUGUACAAAAGGUUUCUUUUCAAAUGAAUGUCAUAAACCUGUAUUUGAGGAAAACAACAAAUCAUGGUUUCAUUUUGUGGGUUAUUAUCAUGUUGGUACUGAAAUAUACUAUCCACAUGGCUAUGAAAAUAAAUAUAAAUAUUGUAAACCUAGAUAUGAAGAUCCAGAUUGUUCACCAAGAGUUUUUCCUUCAAUAUUUAAAUUAGUUUUUUAUAAAGACGAAUUAAAUGAUCGUCAUAACAGAUAUUUUAGAAUAGAAAAGAAUGGUAAUCCAUGUCGAUUUAUUUGA